GAAUGCGCUCAUCGUGCACACCUGCGGCUAACGGCUGCUCAUGCACAGGACACACAGAACUCUUACGCACGUUUUUGAAUUUUAAAACACUUUUUCAUAAAUCAACAACUUUACCGCGGGUAUGACGAGCUAAACCCGCGUCCGAUCGCAUUUUUCGUUUUGAGUUUUUAUUCGUGCUCGCGCCUUCUGAUCGGAGCUAUUUGGAAAAGCGGGCUUUUUAAAAAGAAAUAAGAUACAAAUUUGUCCCUGGCUAACCCUGUGAACGCGUCUGGAGCAGGAAAUCAUGGAAGCAGCGAAGAAAGUGAGUCACCAGCAGGUGGUUAAACUUCUGCACAACAAGUUUGUGGUUGUCCUUGGCGACUCCAUCCAGCGUGCCGUCUACAAAGAUCUGGUCCUGCUCCUGCAAAAGGACAAGUACCUCACUGUGAGUCAGCUCCGCAGCAAGGGGGAGAAGAGUUUUGAGCAGGACUGUCUGGUGGAGGGAGGCUGCCUCAGCCCUUUACACAAUGGGACAGCGUACAGAGAGGUGCGCCAGUACCAGUCGGACCACCACCUGGUGCGCUUCUACUUUGUCACACGAGUCUACUCCCCCUACAUGAAGAGCAUCCUCAACGACUUCCGCCGCGGCCCCAAGCCCGAUGUGGUCAUCAUCAACUCCUGUGUGUGGGACAUCUCCAGGUAUCACUGUGAGUGGAUAGAGGACUAUAAGGAGAACCUGCACCAGGUCUUUGACGCACUGAAUGGUGUGCUUCCCAUGGAAAGCUUGGUCAUCUGGAAUGUGACAAUGCCCCUGGCAGAGAAGAUCAAGGGGGGCUUUCUGGUUGCUGAGAUCAAGCACAAAAUGCCCCACCUGCGCAUGGACGUGAUCGAGGCCAACUUCUUCAGCGGGAAGUUGGCGGACGGCUAUGGAUUGGAUGUUCUGGACCUGCACUUCCAGUUCCGAUUCUCCCUGCAACACCGCGCCAAAGACGGAGUGCAUUGGAACACCAUCGCCCACCGCAGGAUCAGCUGGUUACUACUGCAGCACAUAGCUGACGCCUGGGGGGUCGUCCUGCCCUGCCCCCUGGCCUCUGUGGAAAACCGGAACAAGCAGCAAGAACCUAAGAAGGAAUGCAGAAACCCAGGAAUCGCUCAUAUUGAAGCUCCUAUCAACCUUCAUUAUCCUCCAAGCUACUUCUCCAACUUUGGCAAUGGGCUGCUUCCACUGCCUCCACUUCACACAGUGCCCCCAAAGUCCAGAAGGGGCACUGCACUGUACAGUUGCGAAGACUUCUACAGCGACUCUGUGUCUCAGAGCUUCAUGAGUUUUGAAGAGCCACGUCACCGGUCCCAAGCUCAACAGCGCCCUCUACAGACUCACUACACUACCAGGAGCAGGGACAAUUCAAACACAAAUUGGACCAAGCAGAGUGUCAGAAAUGAUCCUCUAGAGGAGAGACGGCAGUACGUCAUGAAGAGCCGCCAACGCCACCAUUACGCCCCCUACAGCUACAACCGACCACGGCGCCACACCAACAACAUACAGUGGAAUGACCGCUACUACUGAUACUGCACAUACUUUACUACUACUACGACUGUCUGUACUCUGAUCUAUUACUGAUACUGUAUUUACCAAGCACCAUGCCUACCUACUACUUCUCAAACAGUUCAAACUACUGUAUAUUCUUCUGAAUGUACUAUCUAAGCUGUGCCCUGACAUCCUGAGCAAUUUUGUGAUGCAUGCUUAUACAUGUACCAAAUCCCUGUAUAUGUACUUCUCUGUGAAGUGGUUUUAGUUGCAUGUUUUACAUUUUUUAUUUGAUGAAAAGACCUUGUUUCAACCUUUUUGUAUUUUACCUGUCUUUAACCUUUCAUUAAACAUUACUUGCUGGGUAUGGAUUGUCUGUUGUAGUGCUGUGCAGUUAAUCAAAUUUGAAUUGAAAUCAAGAGUGGUCAUUUCUUAUGGUCAGUAAUCUGUUUGGGUGUUUUU